AUGGCAUCCACCUUGAAGCAGCACUCGUUUUCCGAGGAGCCCGAAGAAUGUUUGGGUCGCCAUAGUCUCCCUUAAUCAUACGUAGUGCGCUGACUUAUGAAAAGGGAUGGAGUAUGCAUAAUAGCACGAAGCUGCCACUCUCCCAUGCACUAGCGAGUAUGCCGGACAAAGCUAAUUCACUCGCGGAAGCGAUGAGAUGGCAAUUAACACUUCCUGCAUUCUCACACCACUACUUGACCGAGGCUUCCCUAUGGGGAUCUGGUGAAGAGCAGCUCACUGUAGUCGAUGUUGGAGGCGGAGUUGGCCAUGCCUCCCAAGCAUUACUCGAUCACAACCCUCACGUCAAGUGCGUCAUUCAAGACUAUCCUGACGUCGUUUCGCAAGUGCAACAAUCUCUACCAGAGCAAUACAAGUCUCGCACCACCUUCCAGGCACACGACUUCUUUCAAGAACAGCCUGCCAAGGAUGCUGCUGUGUAUCUAUUGCGAAUGGCUCUGAUUCCUGCCCUAAAGUUGGGUGCCAAGAAUGUUAGGGAACGCACCGCUCAAGGCUGGUCUGCAUUGUUGAAAGGGGUAGAUGAGAGAUUCCAGUUGACUGCAAUCCAUCAACCAGCGCAGUCGACUCUGGCUGUAGUAGAGGUGACAUGGAGUGCUAGGAUAUACUGUUGUGCCCAGCCACCCUAG